CCCACAGCCCCCUCCGUCUCCCCCCGCCCCCUCCUCCCCACUUCCUGCCCAACUUCAAACGUCGAAUCCCUAGCGCAGCACCGAAAUUGUAAACACCCCGCUCUAGCGCGGAGGAGGGGUCAAGAUUGAAGCGGUUUGGGGUAGGUAUGGAGCGAUCUUUUCCUCCACUCCCCACUUCCAGCCCUGUGUCAGUGACGGGCCCUACCCCAAGGACACAAUUCUGGAGCUGGAGCGUCCAUGCCAGGAAGAAGAGGGUGCGAAGAGUCGACUGCGGGACUCACCUGUUAGGUGUGCGAGGAGCAGCGAUGUGAGGAGGAGGUCUUCCCCCUGGCGAUGAACUACCUGGACCGCUACCUGUCCUGUGUCCCAACCCGCAAGUGCCACCUGCAGCUUUUGGGUGCAGUGUGCAUGCUGUUGGCCUCCAAACUCCGGGAGACCACACCAUUGACCAUGGAGAAGCUAUGUAUCUACACCGACCACUCCGUCACACCCCAUCAGCUCCGGGACUGGGAAGUGAUUGUCCUAGGGAGGCUCAAGUGGGACCUAGCCGCUGUGAUUGCUCACGACUUCCUGGCACUGAUUCUACACCGGCUUCCAGUGCCCCUGGACCGACGGGCAUUGGUCAAGAAGCAUGCCCAGACAUUUCUGGCCCUUUGUGCCACAGAUUAUACUUUUGCUAUGUAUCCACCCUCCAUGAUUGCGACUGGCAGCAUUGGAGCUGCCGUGCAGGGCCUGGCUGCCUGCCCCUUGUCUUCGGAUGAGCUGACAGAGCUGUUGGCAGGGAUCACAGGCACUGACGUGGAUUGCCUGCGUGCAUGCCAGGAGCAGAUUGAAGCCGCUCUAAGGGAAAGCCUUCGGGAGGCUGCCCAGGACACAGCAGUCACAGUCCCUAAAGCUCCAGAAUAUUCUGGAAACCAGGAGCCUAGUCAGACCAGCACCCCAACAGAAGUCACAGCCGUUCACUUGUAACUCCUCCCUUGCUCUUCCCCAUCCCUUCUCAUGGGCCACACAAGGGAGGAAGGAACAGCAAAGAUGGUCAGUCUAGCCCAAUCCCAACCCCAGCCCAGCCCAGCCUCUGCUCCGAGAAUCAACUUUGCCAUCAGCUGGAUGUCCAGGCCCAGGGAACCAUGGCUCCUGCUGAGCCAGAGUUUGAGAGGGGGCUGAUUCUGCCCCAUGUGUGGGCCUGCCUAGUUGGCGAGAUAGGGAGCUAGCUAAGCUCUUCCUUCUCAUUUUGUUUUUGCCAGUUUCUCUGUCAGUAGUUUGAUCAGACCAAGGCAAAAUUGUUUAGUUGGCUCUUCCCUCCCCCAAAGGCAUUAAUUACCUUUCCUGCAACACCACUAGGGGUAUUUGCAUUUAGACUUGAAGACUUAAUUCCAAGACUGCCAAGUGCUGGGAGGAAAAAAUUCAGGCUGGGGGUGGGGAUCCUCCCUGGAAUCUUUUGGUGUAGCAUAAAGCCAGCCCUGGGGAAGAGAAAGGCUCAGGCCUCAUUCUUGGGGGGGGCCUGCAGCCUGAUUCCUCCUUGAAUUGCUUCCUGCUCAGCUUGCCAGGUGUGCAUCCUGAUAUCAAGUCAGGAAUGGGGGGGUGGGGGAAAGGCUCCAUGGAUUAAUUUAUUAUGACAAGGUGCAACAAAGUGCUCAGAGUACAACGUAGGAGGGGAGGGGGAGCCUUCCUCUGCCCUCUAGAAAAUGACCCUCUUGGUCGACAUGCCUCUUCCCACCUUCCUCCCAUCCCAUCCCCCGAACUUGGCUGGAAAGACUUAGUGCCAAAGAUGCUGCUACAGCCUAGGGGGGAAGAGGGGGGGAAGAGAGGGGCUGCAAAUCCAUUUUCCUCUAGCCCUGCUCUUUGACUGUGUGGAAAAGAUGACUGGACUCUAGGGGUAACUAAGCCUCUCCCAGGAGAGGAAGGCAGACCCUGUUCUCUGCACAGGUGUCCCUGGGGCCAUAACUCUGGUCCAGUAGGGGCACCCCAGGGUCUUCAAGCUACCUGAAUAAAGAUUCUGGAUCACACCAA